UUCGAGUGCCAAAUUCUUACGAUAUUACGAUUCUAAAUUAACCUAAUUGAUUCUGAUCGAAUCUGGAGUCCAAAUAGACAACAUGUGAAAGAUAAGAAAUAUCCCCCACAGGGCGGAUGCCAAAGUUAUGAUCUUUGAGAGGAAGGAAUUAAUUUGGAUUUUUAAUAUCAAUAGCUGUCAUUAGUACAAGUUAAGAGUCUUAGAUCAUAUUCCGAUUUAUUAUGCCAUUAUUAUUAAGAAAACUAAAUCAGGCUCCAUGCUAUGUAUGAUGCCGAAAUUGUGUACAGGGUGGCUUUCUGCAAACUCACACACACAUAUAUUGAUUGAUUGUGUAACAGGAGUUUUUUUUUUUUUUUAGCCAAAAACAUGUCUGAAGUAAAUCAAAAGGGAAAAAUAGGUUGGUAUAAGAAGCCUCUUAUCUUAUGCCAGCUGCCUGGCAAUGCUUUUAUGCUGGCAGAGUGCAAAGAAUGGAAUUGCAGAAUAGAAAAGUUGAUGUUAGCAUGCAAACGAAAUAUAAUGUGUUUCCAAGUUUCAAUGCUGAGUAGGUUCCAUAUUUUGUUGACGCUCUUGCUGCAGCUCUGCGAAGAAAAGACAUCAUUACUUUCAGAGCGUAAAAAUGCGCUCAAAUAUUUGUUUCAAAUUAUAUUUAUAUAUUUAUUUUAUUGUAUAUUUUUAGUUCUCGACUCUUUUUAAAAGUUUAAAAAUCAUUUGCAUUAUAACGGCAAGUUAUCUUAGUUUUAUUAGUUAUUUAAAUUAAGAAAAUGUGAGUGAGUAUUUAGGCAUGCCGUUAGGCUCAUCCUUACUGACAUUGCCAUGUUUCCCUUUGCUCCUUUUCUGAUUUAUCCCCGUUAGUCUAUCUUUCUUUGCAUCUCCCACUUGAAAAUUCAGGCCAUGCAGUCACCAGCAGUAUUUCUAUCAUAGAAAGAAGAGUAAUCUAGCCUGCUACAAAGUCCAAAGUACCAAUGGGAUUGCAGAAUAGCAAAGUUGAUGAUAGCAUGCAAAGGAAAUAUGAUGUGUUUCUCAGUUUCGAUGACGAAUACAUUCCGUAUUUUGUUGACGACCUUAUUGCUGCUCUACAAAGAAAAGGUAUCAAUACUUUCAGAGCAGACAAAAUGUUGAAGAAAGGAAAAUCCGUUCCACCCGAGAUCUUGAGAGCAAUCGGAGAAUCCCAAAUUUGCAUUGUUGUCUUCACAUUUAAUUAUGCUGCCUCAGUAUGGUGCUUGCGGGAAUUGGCCAAGAUUGCCAAGGACAUGAGUAAACACAGGGUUUUUCCAGUUUUCUACCGUGUACAUCCAACUGAGGUUCAAAAACAAGGCAAGUGUUAUGAAGGCACCUUUGCCGAACAUGAAGAAAAAUUUAGACACAAUUUAGACGAGGUACAAAACUGGAGGCAAGCUAUGAAAGAAGUGGGCUCUGUCAAGGGUUGGCAUGUAUGGAAUGGUUCCGAAUCAGAAGUUAUUGAUAGCAUUGUUAAAAGCGUGAUGAGGACAUUAGAUCGUAAUGAGAAUGAUGACUUAAUCGGGUUGGUGACUCGUGUAGAAGCAUUAAAAGAUAACCUUCAAGACUUGAAACCAGAUGAUGACAGACCUCGUUUUGUAGGAGUUUAUGGGAUGUCCAGAACAGGGAAGACAUGUCUUGCCAAAGCUGUAUACGAAGAGAUGUCUCACCACUUCAAAGCUCACAGUUUUCUUUUCAACGUAGGUCGAGUUGUUGACAAUUAUUCUCAUGGUCUAAUCCACUUACAAAAGCAACUUCUUUGUGAAACUGGAGUCGAAGGUGAUCAAGAGAUAAAUGAUGAUGAAAUGGGAAGCUCAAUUAUCAGGGAUCACUUAAGAAGCUGUAAGACUCUCUUGGUUCUUGAUGACAUUAAUGAUCCAGCACAACUAAAGGCUUUGGCUGGAAAUGUUGACUGGUUUGGUCCUAGAAGUAGGAUUAUCAUAGCAACAAGAGAUGAGAGUGUUCUUAGAAACCAUGGGGUGGAACAUGUUUACAAGGUCAAAUUAUUAAACGAGUAUGAAGCUAGCCAACUUCUCUGUACAAUUGCUUUCAAACGCAAUUCUCCCCUUGCAGGUUACGAGAAAUUGACGGGUGAUGUUUUAAGAUAUGCCAAUGGCCUUCCGUUAGUCAUUAAAAGAUUGGGUUCAGCUCUGGUUGGCCAAAGUCCCUCAGAAUGGACAAGGGUCUUGGAAGGCCUGCAAGAACAUCCUGAGAAAAGCAUCAUGCUUCACCUUAAAUCAAGCCUUCAUGGACUGAAGAAGGAAGAAAUGGAGAUAUUUUUUGAUAUUGCUUGUUUCUUCAAUGGAGAAGAUGAGAGCCAUGUCAGGAGAAUUUUAUAUUCUUGCGGACAUGAUGAUAAUGGAAUUAGAGUUCUACAAGAUAAAUCACUCAUAAACAUUAGUGAUGGAAAAAUUGCUAUGCAUGUUAUACUGCAACAGGUAGGAAGGCAAAUAAUUCAUGAAGAAUCAUACAGGAAUCGUGGCAAAAGAGGUAGGUUAUGGUUGAUCAAGGAUGUUCUUGAUGUUAUGGACACAGAAAAGGGAAUUAAAAGAGUCCAAGCCAUAGUCUUGAAGCCGGAAAAACUGCAAGACACUCCUUUGAGGGCCGAAGCUUUAUCAUACAUGAGAGGCCUUGUACUUAUGAUACUUCAUAAUGUAAAAUUUUCGGGAGAGAUCCAUCAUCUUUCCAAUGAAUUGCGAUAUGUUUCGUGGGAUAAAUAUCCUUUCACUCGUUUGCCAUCUACUUUUGAAGGUCGAAAGCUUGUUGAAUUGAUCAUGCCUAAUAGUAGUCUCAGGCUGCUAUGGGAAGGCAUUUAUAAGGAUCUCCCCAAUUUGAGAAACUUGGAUCUCCAUGGCUCCAAAUAUUUGACCCAGAUGCCGAGUUUUGCAGGGCUCCGAAAUCUUGAAAUUCUUAACCUUGAAGGAUGUAUUAGACUGUCGCAAGUUGAUUCAUCUAUUACAGCUCUUCAUAAUAUCAGGGAGCUGAAUUUGAGAAAUUGUGUUGGUCUUGCUAGUAUCCCAGAAAGUUUAUUUGGUGGUCGUGAAAAACUUAAAAUUCUAAAUCUUGCUGGGUGCUCAAAUCUUUUGAAGUAUUUCAACUUUGAUCCGUUGAGGAGCUCACUGGAUGAGAAGCUACUCACCAAUCGAUAUCAUAUCUUAUUGGCAAAAUUCGUAUUGUAUUUUCAUUUGCUUUUCAGGCUAAUAAAUUAAUGUUUUUGGUUUGUCUAUUGUAAGUUUGUAAUGGAUUUGUCUCAUCGUAUUUAAGGUGAUCAGAUGUUACUUGUGGAGUUUGAAUUAAACUUUGUUUAAGAUUGUCUUGUACUUGAACAAGUUGACCUAUCAAAAUAUUACUAGUGUAAA